AUUUAAUUUCAAAUUAUGUCUUCUUGCCUUAACUUUUAUAACUGUUCUACUUCUCUGCGUUGGCUUAAUAAAUUUCUCUUCACUUCGGCUCCGUUGUUAGAAAAGGAGAGAAGAGAAGAGAAAGAGAAGCUCAGGAUUCGAUUUCCUUCUGCCAUGUCUGGAGAAGAAGAAGAGAACGCCGCCGAACUCAAGAUCGGAGACGAGUUUUUGAAGGCAAAGUGCUUAAUGAACUGUGAAGUGUCUUUGAUCCUUGAGCACAAGUAUGAACAGCUUCAGCAAGUCUCCGAGGAUCCCAUGAACCAAGUUUCUCAGGUGUUUGAGAAGUCCUUGCAGUAUGUGAAGCGGUUUAGCCGCUACAAGAAUCCUGAUGCUGUUAGACAAGUUCGAGAAAUCUUGAGCAGACAUCAACUCACUGAGUUUGAGCUUUGUGUUCUUGGCAAUCUAUGUCCUGAAACUGCUGAAGAAGCAGUGGCAAUGGUUCCUUCUCUCAAGACAAAAGGAAGAGCUCAUAGUGAUGAAGCAAUUGAGAAGAUGCUCAAUGAUCUCUCCCUUGUCAAGAGAUUCGAGUAGUGCAGAAAGCUCUCAAGAUCUAAGUUUAUAAACAUGUCUAGCUGAUGCUGUCUGAGAGUUAGUUUUCAUGUCUAAAAUUACAAAGCUUUUAUGCUCAGAAUCUCUGCAAUGACAUCAUCGUGUUAAAUGAAUGUGGUUUACAAUUGGCUUA